GGAUACACUUUUAUCAUCAUGGUGAAAUCUACUCUCUUACUGUCAUUACCCUGCGUUCUUGCAGCAGUGACGCUCGUAAGAGGAGCUAAUCCGUCAAUGAGAGGCAUUUCUCCUGAACAUUACGACUUGUACGCACCUUUGCUCCAGAACGGUGAAAGUACCUGGAAAUGCCUUGAUAAAAGCAAAACGAUCCAUUAUUCUGCCAUCAACGAUGAUUAUUGCGACUGUCCCGAUGGUUCUGAUGAGCCAGGCACCUCUGCUUGUCCCAAUAGUUUGUUUUACUGCGAAAAUAAGGAUCAUAUCCCUGCUUAUAUUAAAUCCUUUGCUGUGAAUGAUGGUGUUUGUGAUCAAUCAUGUUGCGAUGGAUCAGAUGAGUUUAAUGGCCUAACAUCUUGUCCCAAUAUAUGCAAACAAGUGUCGAUUGAAUUUAAAAAGUAUCAGGCUGAACUCAACAAUAUACAGUCUGUCGGAAUUCUAGCAAAGCAAAAACUACUGGAUGCAGCAGAAGUUAUUGCAGAAGGGUGGUUACAAGAAAAGGCCGUAAUUCAACAAGAAAUUGAUUUUAAGUAUGCAGAUCUCGAUAACCUAAAACGGGAAUUGGAAAUUUUGGAGAAAGCUCAAAUCAAGCAUACACCAAUCGAAAAGUUUGAUAAUGCAAAGACCAUAAAGCAGGCAAGAAAGAUUGCCCUUCUACAAAGACAUAUCUUAGGAUUGCAAGAUGAUAUCGAUGUUUUGGUAUCCAUUCUUCACGAUCUUAAGAACGACCACAACCACAACUACCACGACAUGGCAGUGAAGAGUGCAAUUUCUGGAUACGAUGAGUUCAUUGAAACUUAUGAGGAUUACAAGACUACAAUUGAAAAAGAUUUGGCUGAUAUUGAAGAUUCUUCUGAAGAUUUUAUUACAGAUGAGUAUGAGGUUGAUGAAGCAGAGGCUGAUGUCCCUGAGAAUUCAGAAGAUGAACUUUCUUCAGAGGAUGUAGCUGCAAAAGAAGCACUGGAAUCAACUCGCAAGGCAUAUGACGAUCUCAAUUCAGAUAUAAGCAAUCAGGAACAAAAGUUGGAGAACAUUAAUGAGGAAUUGUCGAAAGAUUAUGGACACAAUAGAGAAUGGUUGACUCUCAAGGAUGUUUGUGUUGAGAAGAAUGAGGGAGAAUAUACCUAUUCUCUUUGUAUUCUAGGAACAGCAUAUCAAAAAUCCAACAAGGAUAGCUCACGCACAAAUCUUGGUCGCUUCGAGAAAUUUGCUGGUACAGUCGAAUCUGGGGCAAAGGAUCGUUAUCAUGAACAUCUACACUCACAUGGAACACGUUGUUGGAAUGGUCCCGAAAGAAGUGUCCGUGCUUUCUUUGAAUGUGGUGCUGAGACAGAGAUCCUUGAGGUUUCUGAGCCAGAAAAAUGUGAAUAUCAUUUCCGUAUGCGUUCUCCCGCCGUUUGUGAGACACCUCAUAUACCAUCUGAAGACAAAGAUGUUAAGCUCGCUGAGGGUGAGGUCGAGGAAAGAUUACAUUUACACGAAGAGCUCUGAUUAAAUAAGUCAAACUUAUUGCUACAUAAAUUGUUUGAGGAUAUUAGUCCUAGUUAAUUAUUGCAAAUAGUAUCCUUUUAUAAUACAUACGAGAUAUAUUAAUUGACUUGAUAACGUUUAGCUUGUUAUAUGUUCCUAUUUUUUUUUGAAAUAAAUUAAAGAUUUCUAUGCAUAUCAU